CUCCUCCACUGUCAAGUUCCUGGGAAACGGAGUCGUCUCCAAAACCUUAGCUUUUGCUCCUGUGAUUUUUCAGGCGCAAUCUAACCGUUUGCACGGGGAGCUAUUUGGCAAACUUCUCUUGAUCAUGGGCGGCCGAUGAGGACCGCGCUCUUUAGGAAGCCAAACAGUCUUUGCAGAAGAGGCGUGGAUGCGGGAGCCCUAGAGGAUAAAAGUCGAGAGCGUGAGAACCAGGAAGCGCCGGACUGCCUCCCUGAUUGGUGCCAGGCUGCUGCAGGACUUUGUCAGUGGCAGUCCCGCCGCAGGCUGUCACUGACAACUGGCCAACGCUCUCCCCGUUUUUAGUUUUGAGUGGGAAGUGCAGGCUGAGUCACUGCUGAAGGCUGAUGUCUCCAAACGCUCUUGCAGCAUCCUACUUUGCAAGGUUAGAAGGUGUCUUUUAAGAUUAUCUAUUACAGUCUAGGAAUCGCUACUUAAAACACAGCUUCCAAACCGGAGAACUCAGUAAGUACUGGACGCCAAUCAGGCAGCCAGAAUUACCGCUGCUCCUGACUUCUGACCGGGGCGUCCGACUUUGACUUAGAACGAAAGAGGGACAGGGGCAAGCUAGAGAAACGAAAAGCCGAAUGUUACUCCAGGUGCUUGCCUGAUCCCCAAAUCCUUUAAGGACUGGAAGACAGAAGGGAAGCGCGAAACCAGAGACCCUUCCGCAGAACGUCCACAACCCUGUGCACCAAGUUGCCACAGAAGGACGCUUGCUCUGUUGGCCCAAAGUCUCACCGAGUGCAGACAGUCGGAGAGCCACGCCUCUCCUCCGCAAUACAAACAGGCCACGCCCCCUGAGGACUCGAGGACCCGGAUGAUCCCGCCCACAGAGCAGAGCCGGAAGAGGGCGGGACGAACCGGAAGGGGGUGAAAUGCUUUCCGUAGGUACUCCAGGGCUGUGAAGAUGGCGGCGGCUGCGUGGCUUCAGGUGUUGCCUGUCAUUCUUCUUCUUCUGGGGGCUCAGCCGUUUCCAUUGUUGCUUUUUGGUACAGGGCCGGCAUCCGUGUCUGCUGCCGACCGAUCCAAGUGGACCAUUCCCAUGCCGUCGGGGAAAAAUUAUUUUAGUUUUGGAAAGAUCCUUUUCAGAAAUACCACUAUCUUCCUCAAAUUUGAUGGAGAACCUUGUGAGCUGUCUUUGAAUAUAACAUGGUUUCUCAAAAGUGCUGAUUGUUACAAUGAAAUCUACAACUUCAAGGCGGAAGAAGUAGAGACAUAUUUGGAAAAACUUAAGAAAAAAGAGGCCUGUCUGGGAAAAUACCAAAACAUCAUCAGAAAUUUUCAAGAAACUCAUAGUUUUUCUGGGGAUUAUGUGCAUCGGCUGCCUCUUUUAGGAGAAAAACAGGAGGCUAAAGAGAAUCCGAACAAAUCAUUACCUUUACUGGAGACAGAACUG